AUGGCUUUGGCAGAGGCUCAGGCGGGACCUCGGGCUGUGAAGGUAGAGGGCCCUUCCUGGGACCAGGAGACUUUCCUUCCAGAGAGCGGCUUUUCUCCUCAGGAGGCCUCCUGCCAACUUUUCAGGCGCUUCUGCUACCAGGAGACCCCUGGACCCAGGGGGGCGCUGCGCCGGCUCCGCGAGCUGUGCGGCCAGUGGCUGCGGCCCGAGACGCGUUCAUCCUGCCCGCGGAGCUCCAGGCCCGGGCGCGGGAGCAGCACCGGAGAGCGGGGAGCAGCACCCGGAGAGCAGGGAGCAGGCGGUGCCGCGCUGGAGGACCUGGACAGGGAGCUGGACGAGCCGGGAGAGCAGGCCCCAGAGGACACCACCGGCCAGUCAGAAGCUCUGUCAGAGGAUGGGGCGCAUGCGACGGCCAAGCAGGGAUCAAGAGCCAUCCGGCUUCAGGCCACAGAGACACAGCUCAAAUGUGACUCCCUUGGUCCCCACGAAUUUGGGGAACCAGGCUCUUCGACGCCCCGCCCGUGUCUGCGCUGUUCCAUAAAGGACAGAGAGGUGACGUUGUUCGGUGCACUGGCUGUUCCAGGUGCUGACCUUGUACUGGAAAGCCAGGAGUUGGCGUCGCAGCAAGAAGUUUUGUAAGACAUGGAACAUUCUGGAAAUAGUAGACUCCAAAGAGAUGCUCCCCUCGACUCUGAGUGCAGAGAAGCUCGUAAGUGGGGGAGUGGCGCGGAGGGGCAGAGGGCGCGCGCUGGCGGAGAGCAGGCGCACCGGUGCGGAGAGUGCGGGAAGGGCUUUGCGCUCGGCUCCGUCCUGGGGCAGCACCGGGACCCACACCGGGGAGAGGCCGUCCGCCUGAGCGCGUACCUCGCGCAGCACCGGAGGAUCCACGCCGGCGAGAAGCGCUACCGCUUCGGCGAGUGCGGCAAGGCCUUCAGCCAGAACGCGGGGCUCUUCCAGCACCUCUGCACCCACAGCGGGGAGAGGCCCUUCGAGUGCGGCCAGUGCGCCAAGCGCUUCAGCUGGCGGACGCUGCUCCGCAAGCACCGGAGGAGCUACACCGGGGAGGGGCCGUUCGCCUGCACCGAGUGCGGGCCAGCCUUCGGGCACCACUGCAACCUCACCAGGCAUUUCCGAAUCCACACCAUUGCCAAACUGGACUAACUCCCCGGAACCCCGGGCCCCUAAGUGGGGCCAUCUUGGAAAGUCGGCUUUCCAAGUGGCUUAUUUUGUUUUUACCAAAUUUAUUUUGCUCUGGAGUGAGUAGCUUGUCUGCAGACUGGGUGCCGGGGUCUCGCUGGUGGACAACUGCGAUGUGGGCAGUUCCGGGCAGCCCCCUUCUUCCCUGUCCGUUGGUUCAUUUCUAAUGAUCUCCAGGAAAACAGACCAAGAUCACCUGGAAAUAAAUCGCUGUGG